AUGAGCAUAACGAGUGAUGUGAUUGAUGCUGAAUCUCUCUUAUCGGAUGAAGUCUUCGAGAAUGAAACAAUGAAAAGGGAAAUAGAAGAGGGCAGAUUAAUUCCUGACCCUCUUAAUGCUUCUCUAAUUUCUGACAAUCUUAUGGACCUUAAUAAUACUAACAGCACAAUUAGAAGACAACACCGUUCAUCAUCAAGACAAAAAUCCUUCAAUUCUUCAAUUAACCGAUCAAGUAUAUCAAGAGCAGCAACACCUUCUAUACACUCAUUUCCGAGUAGAUUUUCUGUUGAGAGUCCUGUUAUUUCGUUUUCAAAAGGAGAACGUAAAUACACCUAUCUAAAUCAAAGAGUUGACACUCCUGGUCCAAUAUAUGAAUCCAUUCCAAAAUCUGUGUCAUCAAGCUUCUCCUUCCCAAAAGGAAAGAGAUUUGUUGAAGAAGAAUUAAAAAUACUCCAACAAGCUCAAAAACCUCCUCCAACUGCCUAUAAUCCAAAAGAUCACAUCAAGUACAGAACUGAUCCAUCUUUCAGUUUUGGUUCGAGAACUCCGACCCAAGAAUACAGAUCAGAUUCACCAGGACCAAUUUACAAUCCAACUGAUGUUCCUUCAAAGAGAUUUUCAAAAUCUUCAACAACAUUUGGUGCUGGAGAAAGAUCUCUUAAAAUGAGUGAUGGGCGAAGUGGGUCUCCUCCACCAGGAGCUUAUAAUCCUUCCUUAAUGGAUUCUAAAAGGAAUAUUUCUUUUUCAAUUUCAAAGAAAGAAGAUAAAUUAAGUGCAAAUAAGGAGUCAAUGAGAGUACCUGGACCAGUUUAUGAUCCAUCCUAUCGAUUGUCAAUUACAUCAUCACCUUCAUUCUCUUUUGGAAGAAGAACACCACUGCCCAGUGAUCAAGUACUUCUUGAACAUCCUGGGUUAACAGAUUACAACAAACAAUUCGUUUCUCAUUCUUUUUCCCUUCAGGGCAAAGAUAGAGAAGUUGACCCAAAUAUUACAUAUAAUGCUCCAAGAGCAAGAUUUUUGGGAGAUCAAUUUUUGAACGAGAACCUGGGAAGAGCAUCUCCAGGACCAAAGUAUAAUAUAACUCAAAGUUUUGUCAUUCCAUCCAAGAGACAUGUUGAGGAAGAUCACAUCCUGACAUUCAAAGCUAAAGAAAAGAAAAAGAAGGACAAACCGAUUCCUACACAAGUUUAUCCUGGUUAUAGUAUUUCCAAGGCUUCUGCUCAAAUUACUGAAAGUCCUGGGUGUGUUUACACUCCAAAAACAGAUUUCUCGUCACGAGUCCCAAGAGUAUGCAGCCCUGUAAUGAAAGUAGCAAAACCAGUGGAUAACAGAAAAGCUCCUGAAAUUUAUCCUCAAUUAAGAAAUCCAAAUCUUACAGCACUUUCAAAUGUCCCAACUUCAACAGUACCAAAGUUCAUAAGAACUGGAAAUACUGUUGGUGUUAGAACUCCUCCUCUGAUUUCCCAUUCUCCUGGUCCAGUUUAUAAAGUUGACUGGGAAUCAUUGGAAAAGAAUGCAAAGAAAGGUUUACCUGGAGGUAAGUUUGGAGGCCUUUCGUAA